AUGACAGGCAGCAUAGCCACCUACAAUGUCGAGACCAGAGAGAAGACAUCCGUCAUUGACAGCAGGUCUGUGUGUCCUCAGAGAGAAAGCGAGACAAAAUCUACAAAAUCUACAUGUCUUAUUUCUCAUAGACAGCAGGUGGCACUCACAGACAGACAGGCUAAAUGAUUUACAAAGCAUAGCCCACAUCCACCAACAUUUCUGCUUUAACCAUAGACUAUACCUCUAUGAUUAGUCAGUGGAGUUGACCAUUGAAACAGAAUUACUUAUGAAUGAUUACAGUAUCUCCUGUACAUUUGUUUUCCCUGUUUCUCAUCAUCCAUCUGUAUAUCUGUUGUUGUUAUGGCUGGUUACCUAAACUGGGAUGACAGAGUAACUGUAUCUAUUUUUAAUCCCCAUUUCCAGUAGACACUGAAAUAUCUACUGAUCUCAUCACACACAGACGUAACACAGUAACAAAGCUGGUAGAACUGGUAGCAUCUGUAAGAGUGCUACAGGAAACCUGCGUAGUGACUGCGCCUAGAAAAAUACCCACCCUGCACGGGAGGUUCACUACAUUUGUAAAGAGCCUCAACCUAUUUGUUAGUUGAAGCACACUUAUCUGUGUGUGUGUGUGUUUAUCCCUGUGUAGUGACUGUGCCCACAAACACUCUAGCCCUGUUUGGCAGGUGAGGUAGGUAGAUCAUGAGAGGGGUCCGUCAGGGGAGGACAAGGGAGAGACACUCAUCUCUGUGUCUGCAGACGGCAGGAUCAGCAAGUGGUUCCUGUGGAAAGGCCUCGACUGCAUAGGUACAGUUUUACUUUAAUAUCUGAAAAUUGUGGGAAACCUUUAUCUUAGUGUUUUCAAAAAAGUAUGCCCCUCUAUUAUCCUAAAUAUCCACUCUCUGGAGACUAUUCGUCCUAUUUUUGUAGGCACCUUUGCAGACAACUCUUGUAGACAUUUCCCCGCAUAAACUUCCAGUAAUAAGCAUAACCAUAAUGUGCUCUAACCUGUGCCUCCCCAGACCUGAUGAAGCUGAAGAGGACGAGGAAUGAGAAAGCCAAGAAGCAGAGAAAGAGAGGAAGAGCGAGGCAUGAUAUCACACCAGGUGCCGGGGAUCUAUUUCGACUUCCAUUCGACGGUGAGCGAGUGUUUUCAUGUUCUUAAGUUUUCCUAAAGGAUAGUUACACAUGCAUUGCUUUAGUUACUUAGCUAGGCCUCAUAGGAUCUGCACAUAUAGGACGUAAUACACCAUUUUCGGGGACAACUUUUGCUUUGUGAGGGCUACUUUCAGAACUACUGGCUAAAAAAUUUACAAAAGUACAGGAGAAUCUCUUUUAAGGGAAACUCCACUCAAAACAAUUUUGCAUCAUCAUUAUGAUGUGGCCGGUGACUCUUUGCUUCUUGAAGGUCAUAUAUCUUGAAAACUUGACUGCUGACAUGCAAAACAUUUUGGGACUGUAUGUGGACUAAUGAAAAAAAUACCCAAAUAUAGCUUUUGAGUGUAUUUGCCCAUUAAAUACUAUUUUCUGUCCAGAUCAAGGCACAAUUUCCUCAGUCUGUGGUGGCUGGCUAACUGUUGUUAUCUCACUGGGCAAACAGAGCUUACAGUAAAACGUAUUCCACAGAAUUCAAUAGUACAUAUUGUAUUUUAUCUUAUGGCGUCUUUUCUCUCUCCCCUCAGGUGUACACGUUAGAGGACAUCAUCGGCUCCACUUUGGCCAGCCAGCUGUGA